CAGCUUCACCCAACUCGGUGUCUCUCACUGUAACAAAAAAAAAAAAAGAAUAUGAAUGUCCUCCUACUGCCUCGCUGCACUUUAAUUAGAAUUCUGAUUGGACAUUUAAUUAAGACAUUUGAAGUUUCUUUAUUCAUUUUUUUAUUUUAUUUUUGUUGUUCUUUAUAAUGUCAUGUUUUCAAACCUUUUGUGUCCUUUAUAUGUGCUUAAUGUAUUCUGGGAAGGUUUGGGUUGAUUUGUGCACGGGCAUUUUUGUUUACCAGGUAAUGAGAAAUCCCCAUGCAGGAAAUACUCAACGUUAUGCGUGAGCUUCUACUGUUUAGUUACUGGACCGGAACUGUGGCAUCAUACCUGGAAAAUAGAGUGAAGGCGACCUCUGGGGUUUUCUACCAUAACAAAUGUUGCAGGGGGGGGAAAAAAAGAAUCAUGUUUGCUUAUUGCAUUUUUCUCCUCCAGACUCUUGCAGUUUGUCCACAGGAAGAAAAAAAAAUGGAUUUGCUUCCAGACUUGUGGAGACAGGAGUACUGGCUUCCACCUGGUGUGACCUGGAGAGACCUGGAGCAGCUGCCGGACUCUGAGAGACCUCAUCCCAAGGAUCUUCUGAUCGCUCUGCCCCUCGCUCUGGGCUUUGUCGCAGUUCGCUGCGUGUUUGAGAGGUUUCUGGCCCCGCCCAUCGCCAGAUGUCUGGGGGUGAAGAAUAGAUUGCAAGUGAGCGCCGCCCACUCCCCUCAGCUGGAGUCAUAUUACUGUCACAGGAGCAAACAGCCGACACAGAUUGAACUUGUCAGUUUAAUGGUGUUAUGUGGAAAAACCCAGAGACAGAUUGAGAGCUGGUUCAGAGUUCGCCGGAACCAAGACCGACCCAGUCAAACCAAGAAGUUUGCUGAAGCCGCUUGGAGGUUCUUCUUCUAUCUAUCAGCAUUUGUAGCUGGACUGACCUCCUUAGUCAACAGACCCUGGUUCUGGGAUCACAGGGAAUGUUGGAGGCAUUAUCCUAUUCAGCCUUUAGAGAAAGCUCAUUUCUGGUACUACAUGCUGGAGUUGGGAUUUUAUGGCUCUCUGCUCCUCCGGAUCUCCGUGGACGUCAAAAGGAAGGACUUUAAGGAGCAGGUGAUCCACCAUUUGGCGACCAUCUUCCUGCUCGGUUUCUCCUACUGUGCCAACUACAUCCGCAUCGGCACCUUGGUCAUGCUGCUUCAUGACUCGUCUGACAUUUUGUUGGAGUCGGCUAAGAUGUUCAACUACGGCACCGGCUGGAGGAAGACAUGUGACUCUCUGUUUGUUGCGUUUGCUGUGGUCUUUCUUGUGACUCGUCUGGUGAUUUUCCCCAACAGAAUCAUUCGGACCACCCUGCUCUUGUCCAUGGAGGUCUUUGAGCCUUUUGCUGGCUACUACGUUUUUAACAUCCUGCUGAUGGUACUGCAAGCUCUUCAUGUAUUCUGGGCUGUGCUAAUCUUGCGCAUGGUCUACAAGUUCCUGAAAGGCAAGCUUGAAAAAGAUGAGCGCAGUGAUGAAGAGAGUGAGGCUGACUUGGAGGAGGAGGACAAACCUAAAGAAGACAAGCUGGAUCAAGGAGGGGAUUGUUACUGGGGAAAAAGUAAAGAAACUCUGAACUGCAAACUGUCUGCGCUAACCAACAGUUGUGUCCUCAAUAACUUGUCCCACCACAGAUCCUCUGUGGCUAAUAGAACACGUAAAGCUCAGUAAUGUUUUUGUUUUAUGCUUAUUUUUAUGACUGAUCCAUUUAACUUUGUACAGAAAACAGUGGACUAUGAAGAUGCUAUGAAAAUGUAGCUGGUUGUAGCGCUCAUGUUGUAAGAUAGAUAAUUUUCUAAUAUGACAUCUCCUGUCCUUUGGUUUCUCCUAACAGAGAUAGUUCUUUUGCCUAUCUUCUUCCAUGUAGACAGAUAGUCUGUUAUGUUCUGAUGCACAACUCGGUUUGUAAUUGUUAUUUGGUUGAAGAAGAAUGUAUUUUUCAUGAAAAAGUUUAAGAUUGUACUUUUAAGACCCACUGCAGUUCACAUGUAGAGAGAUUGCAUUUGGCAAUGGGACAGACUGACAGAGAGAUACAUAGAAUCUGAGCAUAUAUAUUUUAUAAUUUAUUUAAAAAUCUUCACAAUCUACUGAAUUUUUUUUUCUAUAACAUUUAUUAUAACCCACUUUUGACUUUGUAAAAUAAAUGAAACUAUGAAUGACGUUCAUCUCACAAAGAAA